UGCGCUCGGCCAAGCAAGUGACGCUCGAAACCGCGGCGCUGCCCUGCGCCACACGGAGGAGAGAGCGCGCGCGGCCAUCGGCUUCUCCCGGCCUCGGCGAUUGCAGAAUACAGAUUGACGACACCAUGACUUCAGCCUUGCUUUGCAACAGCAUGCUACUUCUGCUGGCAUUUAGACUAGCGUUUGUGUUUAGUCACAGUCCGAGGAGCCCAGACAGAGUUUCUGAAGCUGAUAUCCAGAGACUUCUACAUGGGGUAAUGGAGCAACUGGGCAUUGCUAGACCCAGAGUUGAAUAUCCAGCACACCAAGCGAUGAAUCUAGUAGGCCCACAGAACAUUGAAGGUGGUGCACAUGAAGGUUUGCAGCAUUUGGGGCCUUAUGGAAAUAUACCGAAUAUUGUAGCUGAGUUGACAGGUGACAAUAUACCUAAAGAUUUCAGUGAAGAUCAAGGAUAUCCAGAUCCUCCAAAUCCUUGCCCAAUAGGCAAAACAGUUGAUGAUGGAUGCCUUGAAAACACACCAGAUACAGCACAGUUCAGCAAAGAAUACCAACUUCACCAGCACCUUUUUGACCCAGAACAUGACUAUCCCAGUAUGGCCAAAUGGAAUAAGAAUCUACUCUUUGAGAAAAUGAAGGGUGGACCAAAAAGAAAGAAACGGAGCGUAAAUCCAUAUCUUCAGGGACAAAGACUGGACAACGUUGUAGCGAAGAAGUCUGUUCCACAUUUUUCAGAUGAAGAGAAAGAGAUUGCAGAAACUGAAUGAAGUUUCAUAGAAUCCCCCAAUACUGCUUAUAUAUAAUUAGUGGAAAUCCCAAUACUGCCUAUAUAUAAUUAGUAGAUCAAAUCCUUAUAGUGGUUGCAUGUUUUACUACUUAUAUAAUUACGGCUGAUUUAUAAUAUUUGUUCUUCUAGAUACAUGAAAACCCAGUUCUGCUUUUUGUUAUGUUAUGGCAAUAGGUUCUCCUUGCUUUGCUUUAGACCUGGAACAAGCUUUAACAAUUAAUAAUUUUAAUCAUUUGUGUGACUUAAACGACUUUAAGAAGCAAGCUUGUAAAGAAGAAGAGGAUGUUACGCAUGUUCCACUUCUUGUACUUUCUCACAUGAUGUGAUGUUGGCCCUUUGGAAACAAUUAUUUUGUCGUUCUGUUUGUAAGUAAGAGCCUAAUUUAUAAUAAAUGUCCCAAUACUUGCUGUUUGAUUUAAUAAACACUGAAAGUAUUCUUCAGUAUCUGCA